AUGAAGGAUCCAGCACACACCGAAUGGCAUGCGCAUAGCCUGGAGAAGAAGCUAGAAACCCUUUUGGAGAGAAACCUGAUGUCGCUGAUAGACAUUGUCAACGAUAUCAAUGACAGUAUAUCGACGCUUCAGAAAGCAUUUAAAUGCUUCGCGCCAUUAGAAGAAGAGCAAAAAAAGCGGAAGCCACUAAAAGACUGCGUUCGAAAACUGAGAAAACGAGUCACUAUUACAUUCGAGAAGAAAAACUUUGAAGAUCAAAUCGACGUGCUAGAAAAAUCGAAUGGCGCAUUAAGACGGCUGCGUGAACAAGUCAGCGAACUCCAAAAGCCUCCGUCGUAUACAGCCGGGAAACAAUGUCAGAGAGCAGGAAGGCUGCCACUGGAAUUCAAGGGUUAUAGAGAUAUACGAAGGGCUUCCAAGGCGCUCCAUGAAGCAUUGACAGCGGCUUGGUCUAGCACACAGGCACCUCACCUGAGACAUUUCGUCAAGCUCUUCCUGGACGCUAAAGCAGAAACUGACGUACAGAUGGAGAUUGCCAUCCUCUGUUAUGGUGCCCAACUCCAUCAGACGGCUCUUUUCCAAACAAGCUUGACCAGACUAGAGGUCAGAUCGAGAACAAUGGACUCCAUAAUGUGGUCCAGCGCGAGUUUAUUGAGUCCAGCUCCAGAGGUGGACAACUCACAGAACAGCCGACGAAAACGACCAAAGGUCAGAUUCUCCGACAUUGGCGAUAAGUCUGGUCUCGGCAAUGUUGAUGCCGAAUCAUUAUCCCAAUACUCGAUAGCCAAUACCUCACAAUCCACCAUAGUUUCUCCAGAUGAUCUUCAGCUUACGGGCCAUUUCUGUCCUGAACUAUUAAGACGAUGCUCAACUCCGGAUAUGGUGUGCAAAGCGGAGGGUUUGGGGCAUAUCGACAGUUGCAUGCAAGAACCAUUUCGCCACUGUUUCUUUCCUUGUUCGAAUAACCAUAGUUGUGGCAAAAUGGGGCUAGACGACGUGAUGCUGAUGGAUGAAGCACUUGGGCAGUCUGCCAGCAACAGACUGACUAUCGUUGGCCAGCUGCGAUUAGCUCAUCGACUCGUUUCUGCAGUGCUAAAGUUCAAUUCGACUCCUUGGCUGAAUGAGGUGUGGAGCUUCAGAGACCUUGCUUUCUUCCGACAAGGGGAUGACUUGACAUUAUCGCUCCAGACGCUACACUUUGGCGUAGAGCUGAUUCAUGGUGGGCCUGAUCCAGGGGAAUCUUUAAUGGACGUCGAGUCUCCCGUCAGUUUGACACAAUCAGUCGAAGAUGUCCAAUACAAGCAUGGCGUGCGUAACGUAACGCUGUAUAGCCUAGGGGCAGCUCUACUGGCAAUUGGGAGGUGGGAGCGCAUCGACCACAACGACAUCGAGGGAGUCCGUCGAUUAGCAUCGCAGCCAUGCUAUUUAGGGCCUGUGUAUCAGGAAUUGACUCAAAAAGUCCUCGAUUGCGAUUUUGGGUAUGGAAAGGAUCUGAAGAAGCCGAGACUUCAAGAGGCCAUUUAUGAGAUGGUUGUAUUAGAGCUGGAGUCGAUGAUUGCGAGUCUUGAUAUAUCAGAGGAAGAAGAUGAGUAG